GAGCACAUGUGCGAUGAUAGCAAUGCUAUUGUGGGCAGGUGCGUGAGGACGCUCUCCCAGCGAUUUGCGAUUCAAGGUCCGCUAUGAAGCUGUUUCGGCACUUCGUGUGUAUGCUGUCAGUGGUCGGAAUCGCUGGCUUGCUGCGGCGACCAUGUUGUUGGGUGUAGUACCUUUCGUUAUCAAUGUAGUCGACACCGCAGCAGACAGAGUGGAAGCCAUUUCCCUCGGAGGCGCCAUUGUGUGCUCAUGCAGCAGUGCGAUACCGAGACCAAUACAGAAUAGGUGCAAAACAUCUUACAUUCGCUUGAUUUCGAUGCGGCGGCUGAUAGAAGUACACUUCACAGUAAUGAUCAUAGCUCGAAUGUGCUCUAUUGCAUCCGAUACGCUAGUUAUAUUGGUCACGUUAUACAACAUACCAUUCAAUCUCAAAAGCUCAAUUUGCGGAAUAACGAGUAGAAGAUCUUUGUCUUCGUCCUUGUCCGAAGAUGGGUUGAUAUAUUUCAUGGCUCUGCUACUGCUCAACAUCGCUCAGAUGGUGGUAUUCCUGAUGGGGACUUGCAAUGACGUGGUCAUCACGUUCACUUACCCAAUAACCUCAAUCAUCAUCUCGAGGUUCAUCUUGAACCUACACAAAAUCGCUGCCGAGCAGCAGGCGCACACACUCUCGAACUCUCCCUCAAUACCCCCCGUUGAAUCACUGUGCGGCUUGCAAUCCUGCCGAGGAUCAUACCUGUCCAGUGUAGUACUUGAGCUUGACGAGAUGUCUCCCGAUCUCGACACGCCCGCGGACUGCGGGUGGACCUCAAAGUAUCACGACGAAUAUAGCCCGAAGGACGACCUGCCGGCAGUGUUUAAGUUCGGUGGCGACGAGUAUGAACGUGGGGUAUAGAAUUUGGCGACACAACAAUGAGUUCGUUGCCAUUUACACUAUAGUGUACUCUGCUGACCGUGACGACGCAGGCUAGCCCUGCGCACCGAGUAACCUAAUCUGAUUCUUGGAUGUGUAGUGGUAUCAAUGACUAUACUAAGCGGUUCCGACUACGAACAGAGCCUGGCUUGGUGGGACACUUGGUGGGACACUGGCAUACUGAACGGAAGCUGUAGAAUUCACCGUAAGAUGGGCACUUCGCAAUUGUAGUCGGACAUCGGAGGCACGGGUGGAGAUACUCAUCUAGCUAUGCUGCUUCGCAGUCCCGUGGAACCUUCAGAGGGUAGUUUUUUGCGAUGCCUGGAAAUGG